CCUAGCUGCUUAUUACGCCCCUUGGGAGUAUACUGCUAUUUGGCUUAUCUCCGGUACGAACGCGCAUGCAUGCUCCAACCCAAAGCCUCUUCUUUUCCUCUCUCUCUCCCUUUUCACUUUUUUUUUUACUGCUUGCAUAUCUCCGGUCUCCAAAUAUCUAUCUUUAGCUAUAGCUGUAAGUACGUGUGUAUGUAGAUCAAAUGAACGCCUGCAAGCAGAAACAUUAGCAGUGUUGUUUCAAAUUCCUGUGUUACUAGUAUCCUCUCGCUCAUCAUCUUGAUCGACUCUCUUAUAUAUGUUGUACGUACAUGCAUGCAUGUCUGCUGUGGGUACCAGGGAUCGACGAUGUGGAACAGCAGAUCGAACUUCGCCGGCGGGCAGGACAACGGCAGCGACCGGCGGCGGGAAGAAACGCGGGUCCUCGAGGCUGAAGAAGAGCAGCGGCAGCAAGAAAGACGCCGACGCUGCCGCCGAGGACGACUACCCCAGGUACGGCACCAACAACACCAGCGGCGGUGGUGGCAAAGACGAGGCCGGCGGCGACAACCGCUACAACCACAUGAACAGCAACGGCGUCGGUACCGACGACGACUACAACGGCGGUGGCAACCACCACCACUACAGCGGCGGCGGCGUAGUGGGCUCCCCCUACUACGGCGGCGGCGGCGCAGGCGGAUACGGCAACAGCUCUCCCUACUACGGCGGUGGCGGAUACGGCAACAGCUCUCCCUACGGCGGCGGAUACGGCAACAGCGCUCCCCACGGCACCGGCGGCGACGCACCGCCGUACAACAACGCUCCGCCCGCCUUCUGGGCUCCCCAGGACGGUGCGAGGUCGCCGUUGUACAUCAACACCAGGGCGGUGCACGUGUACGGCGCUCCUGGUGGUGGGUACGACAACGAUAGCAACAACGACGACCACCAGAGGAGGAGAGGCGGCGGGUUCUUCGGCCCGGCGUUCCAAGCCGUCGGCCACUUCUUCGACCGCAAGUUCGGUUUCAACGACAGGGACUGAAGCGCAUAUAUAUACACACAUACGGCCGGGGUGCCAUGCAUGUAUGCAUGCUCACGGAUCUCUCUCGACCUCGACGACAGGUCUACUAUCUGCAUCUGCGUGAAAUUACACUACACCUUCUUCUUCACCCGCGUACAGCGUACUACAUACUACCCUUAAUAAGUGUGUCAUUAAUUUUUUUUCUCGAUCGGGUGAUCAACCCGUUUUUCGUGUGUCAUUAAUUAGCUAGCUAGAGCUCACCUGGAGCCGUUUGUUGCAUCAAAAAUAAAGUAAUUAUAUAUUCCGAGUGUGC